UCAAUAAGUAGGGUUAGUUAGUUGCAGUCAAAAAUGGUUGUAUUAAAAAUCUACUCGAAAUACUUAAAAGUUGACUAUAAAACGACGUUUUUCUCUAAAGGGACGUUUUUUGUAUUCUUCACAAGAACAUUAUGUAUAAUAUUGCCCUUUAUUUUUGCUUAUAACAGUGGCGGUUUUUGGUUAAAAAGAGACUUUUUCUAUGAACAACCGAAUGUUAGGUUCAAGGGGGAAUAUUUAUUUUAUGCUACCACUACAAAUAAAAGUCAGCCAAUUGUUUGUAGCAAUAAUCCUUUUUAUAAUAAGUUUAUAGGUGAUAUGGAUGUUUGUACUGAUAUUAAAGUCAGAGAAGUCGACUAUAACUUAGAUGGUAAAGUAGACAAACUAGACGUUUUUUUGGAUGUAAAUCUGUCCUAUAAUAGUAAAAUUACAUCAUUUACUUUUAUUUUACCUCUAGAUUAUGACAUUAAAACUGUUUGUCCUUUUAAAAUGGAGUCUGCGAUAAUUUUUCAACAUUUUCUACCAAUUUAUGUAACAAAGUUUUCCGUAAACGCCAAUCUGAACGUCUUCCAAAAUAAUCCACUUCAUUGCCAAAGAGGUAGAAGAAAGUUACAUCUAUAUGAAAAACAAAUGCUUGAAAAUAUCAACAAAUAUAUACCAAUAGAUAAUAUAAUAGAUGAGUACAGCAACAGAAACAUAUCAACCUACUUAACCAAUAUAUACACAACAUUUAAAACAACAAAAACAAAUAAAUUCACUUUAAAUUUAAAGGCCAAAUAUAUGGAGCACAAAAUAACAUACUAUCCUAAAUUCUGGCACAUAAUUAAAUCAGCAUGGAUUCAAUACUUGGCCAUUUAUAUAGUUAUAACAUGGUUCUUUGGAAAAUUAGAAAAAUACAUUUUUGAUAACAAACUGGUGCUAUACUAUGAAACACCGCUCAAAAAAAAAUUGUAACAAAUAAAGUUUUUGUGUGAAUAAUAUGUAUUUUAAUUGAAUUGCAAUUCUUCAAAAUUAGGACUAGAAGCUGGGGCUAAUUUUUGUCGAUUAUCCUCCAAAACUAUGGUUGUAUGAAGCAUAUCUUCAACUUCAACAAAUAAAUAUCUGUAUUCGUAAUUCCCACUUUCAUUCU